UGAAGCACACACACACAUUCAUACAACCUUCCAAUUCCAAGUCGACGAGAGUGCCAUUCGAAUGUCUUUGCUUCUCUGGCUAGCUCCUUGAUACCCCUGGCUAGCUAGAAUCGAAUCGAAUCAUGACAUCUGGGUUUCGUGGGGAUCCGUCUCGUCUUCGGCCUCCCUCCGAGCACUUUCGAUGUCGAGAACGGAUUGUGGAGGACCAAGACAAUUUCGAUCACCUGGCUGUGGUGGCAUUUGAGUGUUCGGUCGGUCAUCAAGAAGGCAAGGAGAAUGUUUUAUUAUUUUAUUGUCGAGAACCGUCUUGUGGAGUAUUGGUAGACAAUGAACCAGCCGCUGAAAAAGAAGAAGAUGGUGCUGUCGAUCCGUCCUUUUUCGAUCCGGGGUAUACUUUGGCCGGCAAAACAGGCUUCCAAGUCUGGCCGGGGAGCCGAUUGGUCGUAGAGGCAUUGACCGUCCCUCAGUCCAGCGACCCGGAUGAUCUCCAAAAGUGGCAACAACGAGUUUCCAAAGGUGCAUUCCGUGUUUUGGAAUUGGGUUCGGGGGUUGGCAUGGUGGGGGCAUCCUUGGCCCAUGCCGGGUGUCAAGUGCUCCUCACGGAUUUGUCCACUCUCGUGUCCGAAUCGCUGAUACCCAACUUGGAACGCAAUAGCAUCAGCAGCAGCAGUGGAGAGGAGGAUGCGCCGCCGCCAGAAUGGAUGACAACCUACUUGCCGGCUCUUCCAACAAGCACGGCCGAUGAUAGCAGCAGCUCUGACACGUCCAAAACCACUCUCCGAAUCGGACAGGGUUGGGUAGCUGCCGCAGCAUUGGAUUGGACGCGUCCUCUCGACAAUCAACUUUCCAAUGAGCAAUGUCAAGUGGAUCUGAUUGUGGCCAGUGACUGUGUGUGGCUGGUGUCCAUGUUGGAAGGAUUACUAGACACGGUCCAAUCCAUCUUUGAGACAUCCAAGCGUUCCCCCACGUUGCUCAUGAGCUUUCAACGACGAGAUCCUGACAAACCAGAGGAAACAAACACCUCCAAGAUGUUUACGACAGUAGACAGAGUCAUGGAGGAACUAAAAGCCCAAGAGUGGGCUGUGGAAUGUCUGGUGUGGCAUCCCGUGGUGUAUCACGAAGAAGAUGGCAAACGAGACGAUUCCAAAGAAGUGUUUCUGCUGCAAGUCAACCCGCAUCAGUAACUACAGCAUCAACAAGCUUGAGUGUCAGUCAUUCAGACAACGAAUCCUCUUUUGUGGGAUAUUCCAAGAAAGCUAGCGUGAGUUUUUGGUUGGGAGAACAGUUACGGAAGGAAAUUCGUCUGCCGUUUUCCUUUCUCUUCUUCUCGCCCUAGCUAGUGCUACACAGCUUCUCAUCUCCUUCGAGUCCUCUCAUUGUACGAAGUAACCUAUAGCCAGCAUUCAAGGCGCCCGUCAGCCCGAUCGAACCCUGGGAUAUGACUUGCGUGGUCUUUCCAUUGAACCGCUGCGACUUGGAUGAGCUUAAUGCUGGAGAGUGUCCUGGCUAGCUAUUUUAAUAGCUGUAAUUCCCAACAAUUGAAGCAAAACAGCCCCCCGAGUGGCUGCUGAUGAACAUGCCGGAGGAU